AUGUUGCUGUGGUCAUUAUGGAGUGCAAUAUUGCUCAUGACUCCCCUGGAGGCUGCAGAGGAGGAUGACGUCCGAGCAGGCUGCAGCACAGCUGUGAAUGACCUGGUCUAUAUUGUUGAUGGCUCAUGGAGUGUUGGCUUCGCUGACUUUGACACGGCCAAGCAGUGGCUGAUCAACAUCACCAGCCAAUUUGACAUCAGUUCCCUUUACUCACAGGUGGCUGUGAUCCAGUACAGCGACACUCCUCGUCUGGAGAUUCCUCUGGGAAAACACCAGGGAGGAGCAGAGCUCAUCCAGGCCAUACAGAGCAUCAGCUACCUGGGAGGAAACACACAGACUGGAAGGGCCAUCAAGUUUGCCGUGAAUCACGUGUUCGCCUCCUCCCAGAGACCCAGCCAGGUCAAGAACCGCAUUGCUGUGGUGGUGACGGACGGCAAAUCCCAGGAUGACGUGGUGGAUGCCAGUAUGGAGGCACGAGCUCAGGGUAUAACAGUAUUCGCUGUUGGAGUUGGCAGUGAGAUCACCACCUCGGAGCUGGUAUCCAUUGCCAAUAGGCCGUCAUCCGACUACGUCCUGUAUGCCGAAGAUUACACCACCAUCGACCGUAUCCGAGACUCCAUGGAGCAAAAGCUCUGUGAAGAGUCUGUGUGUCCAACACGAAUCCCAGUGGCAUCUCGUGAUGAGAAAGGCUUUGAGCUGAUGGUGGGCAUGAACAUUGAGAAGAAAGCCAAGAAGAUCCCUGGCUCUCUGCUGUCUGAGGCAGCCUACUCUCUGGCUGCCUCCACAGACAUUACUGAGAAUACCAGGGAUAUUUUCCCAGAGGGCCUCCCUCCAUCCUAUGUGUUCGUUGCCACCCUGCGUCUAAAGGGGCCUUCGAGCAAGCUGACCUUUGACCUUUGGAGGGCGCUGUCUAAGGAUCAGGAAAUCCAGGCUGCAGUGACACUAAAUGGGAAGGACAAAAGUGUCAUCUUCACCACCACCAGUGUAACAGAAAAGGAGCAGAGAGUCACCUUUAAAGCCGGCCUUGAGAAUCUGUAUGAUGGAAAGUGGCAUCAGCUCAAACUCCUGGUGAGACCGCGGCAGGUCACCAGUUUUCUUGAUGAUCAACCGAUCCGGGAAAUGAUGCUGAAACCGGUGGAGCCCAUUUACAUCAAUGGGGAGACACAGGUGGCUAAGAGGCGAGGAACAGACAUCACUGUACCUUUGGAGAUUCAGAAGCUGCGUCUGUACUGUGAUCCUCAUCAGAGUGAGAGAGAAACAGCCUGUGAGAUCUACUCUGUGGAUGAUGAAAGGUGUCCUCUGAAUCGAACAGCAACAGUGGAGGAAGAAGACUGCAACUGUGUAGUCGGAGCAGCAGGGCCGCCCGGCCUGCCAGGACGCAUGGGCUUCCGAGGAGAGAAAGGGAGGGAAGGACCACCAGGACCUGAUGGUAAGCCUGGUAAAGAUGGUAAAGCUGGGGUAUCUGGACCUUCUGGAUUACAAGGGAUCAAGGGUGAUGUUGGCCCAGCCGGAUUAAGAGGGGAGCCCGGUCCAAUAGGUCUCAAGGGAGACACAGGGGAACCUGGCUUAUCAGGAGAACCAGGACCCCCAGGACCCAAGGGCCUUCCUGGUGAGAGAGGCGAGCCGGGACCUCCAGGAGAAGCCGGACUGAUGGGCGAGCCAGGACUACCAGGCACAGGCGGACUUGUUGGGCCUCCAGGACCAAAGGGAGAGAACGGAGUCGAUGGUGCAGCUGGAGCUCAGGGCGCCCCGGGAAUCCUGGGACCUCCUGGAGAAGUGGGCCCACAAGGACCUCAGGGUGAGGAGGGCUUGCCCGGGCCACGUGGACCACCUGGAAUAAACGGAACACUGGGAAUCCAGGGGCCCCGGGGGCCGCCCGGAGAGAUCGGCCGAGAUGGUCCCAAGGGGAAGUGUGGAGAUCCAGGGGUCACUGGUCCUCAUGGUCCACCAGGCCAGAAGGGCUCAACAGGGGAGUCUGGUUUUCCUGGGCUUCCGGGCGCCAUGGGGCUCCCAGGGUUCAAAGGUCACAAGGGGGAGAGAGGAGAGAUAGCUACAAAAGGACAACAGGGGGAGCCAGGCAGAGAUGGAGAUCCAGGAACUCCUGGUGUACCUGGCGAAGUGGGACCCAGGGGAAGGAAAGGAGAGACAGGAACGUCAGGUGACGUGGGCCAGAGGGGACCUGAAGGAAAGAAAGGGGACACUGGCCAUAUGGGUGUUGUUGGUCCCAGGGGCUUUCCUGGUCAGGACGGGUUGCCAGGCCAACCAGGCCAACCAGGAUAUCCUGGAAAACCUGGCAAGCCUCCCUCAGAUGAACAUCUUCUAAAGCUCUGCACUGAUGUUCUGCGUAAUCAGCUUCCAGCGCUGCUCCAGACUCUGGCUCCUCCAGCUAGGCAUGAACCCUGUCAGUGCGAAAAAGGACCCCCGGGCCAGCUAGGAGCACCAGGACCCAAAGGCUCCAUGGGAACUCCAGGCUACCCUGGGAGAAGUGGCACUCCCGGUUACCCAGGACCUCCUGGAAUGCAGGGUCCUGCAGGCCUCAAAGGUGACAUGGGACAGAGAGGGCUCAAAGGCAGCAAAGGAGAAGGCUACCAUGGACCCCCAGGACCACCUGGACAGCCAGGGAUUCAGGGACCUCGUGGAUUUGAUGGAAUUGGUCAUCCAGGAAACCAGGGCAUUCCAGGGAAACCGGGACCCCCAGGAGAUCCUGGUAAACGUGGUAACCCAGGACUCCCAGGGGUUUGUGAUGCGUCCAUGUGUUAUCAGACCUAUAACCUCAGGGAACAUUACAGCAAAGGACCCAACGUCUGAUGACAGAGCAGCGUGGGAAAGGCUGCUAAUGAACACACCCAACACAAUUUACUGUAUCACUGAUUUACAGAGAUGUAUGUGACUCUUUAAUGACAAAGUAUGUGUGGAGGACAGCUGCACUGGAGGCAGAAAUAACCUGAGUUAAAGUGAAAUAAGCAGGGCAUUUAUUGAUUAUGGUAUGCAUGAUCAAAGAUGGUCACCAGGCUCGCAAGCUAGCUUACUGAGACACCAGGCUAACAUGGCUACUUUACACUUCAAUCCUGCAAAGUCUGAAAAGCAGGUUUAGCUAGUUGUGUUGUUUGUUUUUAUGUAAAUAGCAACACAACUAGGAUUUGAAAUAACAUUUAAAAUAGCUACCUCCUCUUUUACCUGAGUUACUCUAUGUUUAAGCCAAUGUUACUGAAGGCUUUGCUAACAAGACAGGGUGCUAACAGGCUAAAAUCUCCAGCAGUUCUAUCGAUGCAACACAAUGCAUGCACAAAAAACACAUCCCAACAAAAUAAUGUGUUUAAAAUAAACUUAUAAAAUAAAUAGAAGUGAUCUAAAUGCAUUUUUAAAAGCCUCACACAACCUCAGACUUUAAUAUUUGGGCUUAUAUGGCCAAAACGAUACGAGAUCUACUGACAACCGAGCAAAACUCAAGCAGAGUCUUUUAUUAAUUAAUUAAUAAUAAUUCAUUUCAGACUAUGAGUCUUAUUUAAAAAACUCCAUGUAACUGGAUAUUAUAAAUAGAAGUGGGUAAGUCACUCAUGCUGUGCUGGAAAGAUGUGGUUCCCUGAGGUUUCUAUCAACCAGUGAGAUUAUUCCUGCCUUCAGUGCAGAGCUGCCUGAGAGAAAUGAUUGUGUCGACAAAUGAUGUGAAAAGUACAGAACACUCCUUGACAAUGGAUGGGGAUAUGUCACAAUGAAAGAACAGGACACACCAUUUUCACAUGAUUAUCUUGUGAGCGGUUAGCUCACAGUUAGGUGAGGCAGUUUGGUCAAAGAUAAGAACCCCAAAAAAGUUUAUGAAUAAAUGAAAAAACUCCAAGUUGAAAUCACUCCAACCACGACAUUGUUACUUUGCAACACAUUAUUUCACUGUCAGCCUGCUUCUAAUGCAUCCUACAUGUAAUCCCUUCUGGUGGAAAAACAUAGUCCAUCACCUAUUGUGUAUGAAGCACCAGGGGUUGUGCUAAUCCGUCACUGUGACACACGGGGUUGUAUGAAUCCUGUCACUGUCUAUUUUUAAACCAUUAUAUUUGUCUUCUUGUUUGCCAACACUAUAUAGACUUAUUUUGCAUUGCUUCUCUGGGUGUGUGGAUUACAGUGAAUUCUAAAGUAGUGGCUGUUAUUUACCUCAACUGCAGAUUUCUGCAGGCUUACAUUAUUGACAGACCUUUAUUGCUAAUUUUGCAAGUUAUUUUUUUAAUCAUUUGAGAAAGAAGCCUCCCUGUUUAUUAAUAUGCAUCUCUUUUAAUUUACUCAAACAUCAUACUUUAUCUCCUUUUAUACCUGCCUUUGAUAUAUUUAGGUUGUCUUCAUUUCACAUCAGUACAACAAAAGGGAUACCACAUUUACCACUCUGCUGCUUACAGUCUCUCUUUAAAAAAGUAAAAGGACUUUUAUGCAUCAAUUAUUUUCAGUCACAUUAAUUUGGCUGUUUUUGUUAUUGCUGUUAACUUACAGUCAACAAAACUCAACACAUUGUGCACUGAUGUUGUAUUCUCUUAAAGGACAUAAUCCAUCUCAUCCUUGCUGGGCUUUUACUUUGAAACACAUGCAGGAAGUGUUGAGUUGCAUUAAUGGUAACCUAACCACUCUGAGACAAACGCAAGUAGAAGUGAAUCCAUCAAGAGUGCAUUUACAGAAACAGAAGUUUAUCAGUUUGAACAUUAAAUACACAUCAUUGUACAUUUUCAAUUGAACACAAUGCAAACAUUUUUUGAAAAUGAAUGCAUUUUGUUGUAUUUACAUUUUCAACAAUGUCCCAAUGUUGCAGAGUUGUAUUGCUGCUGUGUUGAAUCAGAAAAAGAAAAAAAAAAAAUCACUGUUUGUGCCACUGCAUUAACCCUUUAUCAGGCACUUAUUGAAAUACCAACCAAGUGUUAUUGGAGGAUAUUACAAGACU